GGUUUUUUUCGUUGUUUUUUUCCUUUUUCCCAUCACCGUCUUCAGUGUGGAACACGGAGGAUGGAAGGGUCUUCAUGUCAGAAUUAUGUCUCUUUUUUCGUUGUGAGGGUGUGUCUUUGACAGCAUUUCUCUCCCCCCAGGACUUGAGUCUGAAUACUUCUCUCUCUUGUGUUCUAGGGAUGGAGCUAACAUUUAAUUACAACCUGGACUGUCUGGGCAAUGGCAGGACGGAGUGCCACUGCGGGGCAGAUAACUGCAGUGGUUUUCUCGGCGUGCGGCCAAAGUCGGCAUGUGCGUCCACAACUGAAGAAAAGGCAAAAAACGCUAAGCUGAAGCAGAAGAGACGAAAAAUCAAAACAGAGCCGAAGCAGCUGCAUGAAGAUCACUGCUUCCAGUGCGGGGACAGCGGCGAGCUGGUCAUGUGCGACAGGAAGGAUUGCCCCAAAGCCUACCACCUGCUCUGCCUCAACCUGCCCCAGCCGCCCUACGGAAAGUGGGAGUGCCCGUGGCAUCAGUGCGAUGAGUGCGGCGGCGCAGCUGUGUCCUUCUGUGAGUUCUGUCCACGUUCGUUUUGCAAAGAUCAUGAAAAGGGGGCUCUGGUGCCCUCCGCCCUGGAAGGCCGUCUCUGCUGCUCUGAACAUGACCCUGUAUCUCCCGUGUCACCCGAAUACUGGAGCAAGAUCAAAUGUAAAUUGGAAUCACAGGAUCAUGGAGAAGAAGUCAAAGAAUAAAUGGGCAGUGAUUUCCUUCUUUUUUUAUUGAAACGAAGAAAGGAAAAGAAAAAAGUAGAGAAUGCGUUAGUACAAGAAGAGACCGCUGCAGUGCAUACAGCCUUGGCCAUCAGCGCUGCCCUAUUAAAGUGAAGAUGGGGAACCAGGCCGUGCAGGCAGAAGCCGUUGGUGGGAUCUGGUUUUUCAGUUUCGUCCUGUCAGCUUGGGGAUUCUUUUGUGGAGGGUUAGGUUCCCUUGGUCUUUUCUUGCCUUUUAUUGUGCUUCAAUGCCUUUGCAGCUGGCAAAAGAGAUGUCUUCGCUUUUAAAAUAAGAACAAAGAGAAGAAGUUCUGUUAAUGAGAUAAAUUUAAAGUCUAGGAUGUGUUCUUUGGGUGUAAAAAGCAAAAGUAGCCAUCAUUCCUUUAUUUAUUUUCAUUUUUUAAAAUUUUGAGAAGUGUAGUUCAGAUAGUCUAAUCUGUGUGUGUGUGUGUGUGUGUGUGUGUGUGUGUGUGUGUGUGUGUGUGUUUUAAGUAGGAAUUGCAGAAAGCCCUCUAGAAAAGGGUAUGGUGGUCUUACAUACCUCUUUCCUGAGCAGUAGGGAGGCUGGCUUCGCUUUCCCUUCCAGACGCCUCUCGUAGUCUUAGAGAAGGGCUCUGUGGGAGUAUUGAAUCUGGCCUCUUGAAAUCAAAAGGCCUCAGUGAAUAUUACCUCUGUGGUCUUAAACUAGGUGGGCUUUCCGAUAUAACUUUACCUAGAAAGGUAUAUAAUGUGGUUGUUGGUUUUUUGUUCUGGAGAAAAAAAGAAAUGGAUGCCCUCACUGAGUCUGAAACGUUCUCCACUGAUAAUGGGUGUUUUUGAUGAAGUGUGUCUCUGUGGAUAUGAAUACAGAGUUAGAAUGGUCAUUCCUGUUGUCUUGACACACUGGUAAAGGCAGCUAAAGGGAGUUGAAAGGCACAGACCAAAAGUUGGGUCAAAUAAGCACCAUUUUCUAUCCAAUUUAAUGUACACCCUGGUCUGACUUGGAGAGAAUUAUGGGCAUUUUAAUUUUCUGUCUCUGCUUUCCUCUCCCAAGCAAACAUUCCCUUUGUCAGCUGACCACUCAGUCACGUGUCCUGGUGAAAACUACACAAAUGAAUUUGAACUGUAUUUGGAUAGAUCUUUUUGUUCAGUUCCUAAUUUGGGGGUGAAAGUGGUAGCACUUGUACUUCUACAGGGUAAAUGAGAGCCACACAAACACACUUCAUGGCAGGAAGCACUUAGGGAGAGCUCCACAGAAAGCAGUGAUAGCAGGAAUGGUUGGAGCUCAGAGACGCAAGUGAACCGGAAUAUCUGCCCACAGAACUCACUGGCUUUGAAUGCCUAGGAAUAUGUAUAUUCCAGGAUUCCCUUAUGAAUUAAUUAGUCCCGUCAGACAUUGUUGUAACACUGUACUAAGUUAGAAGCCUAGGUUUAGCUUGAAUGAACGUCAGCUUCUCUGUGAAUUUUGACUGCUAACGAUUGCCGGUACCUGGUAGCAUUUAUUUUCCCUCAGGAAGUACCCAGUGACCUUAUAAAGGCAGGGAAGAUAGAUGCUCCACAGCAUUUCUUCAGUUGUGCUGUGUGUUCCUUUUCCUUAUCAAUUUACAACUCUUCUCUGGAAAAAAGAAGAAAAAAGUCUGUUUUGUGCUUCUUUUUUUUUUUUCUUUGUAUGUAAAUGUGCAAUUAUACUGGAUUUUUUCUUGUUAAAAAAAAAAAAAGACAAACAAAAAACACUACAAUUCCUUUACUUAAGCUCCUAAACUGCCACUUGCCUGAUUCCAGCAAAUAAUUCUGAGGUAACUUAUUGGGCCUCCAGUAAUUCUGUUGAUUAGAUAUGGUCCCAAAAGAAAGAGCAAGAUAGAAAAUGCUAUAUGUGUUACCAAAUGCGACUGCUACAAGUCACAUGAAUUACAGCUCACCAAAACACUAAAGUUUGCUCUUGAGCAAUCAUAUAGUUUGAUGUCCUUUUAAAAAAUAAUUUAAGAAAAUCUAGGUUUUAUCAUACUAAAACUUUAUUUUAUAUAUGUAUAUGAUAAAUGUUUGCUUUUUUAAACUUACUAACAUGAAGGAUUUCCUUUAAUAUCUGAAAUGCACCUCGUGUUGAAACGGUAUCCAACAUGGAAUCUUAUCUCCUUGCUUUGUUUUGGACUUAGUGCUAUUUAAUAUCUGGUGACUUUUAUAUGGUAAGCCAGGGUAUAUAUCCUGUAUACUACAAAUACCUUAGGUUUAAGUAUUUUUAUGCAGCUUCUUCAUUGUGUCACAUUUUGUUUGUGUAUCUGUAGCAGAGCUCCGCUGAGGUUUUUUAAUUUGGGGGGGGUGGGGGGUUGGCUAAUAGGGUUGUUCUGCCAUUUCAGAAAUCAGGGCGGAAAACACCAUCGCUGACCGCAGCCAUGGGUCUUGGUCCGCGAGUGUCCUUUAAUGGUCUGGAACGUGGCUUUAGUCCUGGCAGUGCCAGGGAGCUCUCCUCACACCUCGUACUGUUGCCUAGUUUGUAUAUUUUAAAGGUGCGGGCUAUGGAAGCAGAAAAAGAAUAAGUUGUGCUUUAUAUGUGCAUAGUAUCCAUGCAGGGUGCUUGUCUGUGCUUCACCAAUGAAAUUUUGCAAAAGACAUGUUGCUCACUGAUAGCUAGAAGUUGUUAUUUGUUAACUUUUAAAUCUGUCUGUGGUCAGAGCAUAAAUGGUUGGGUUUUAAUUCUUGUCCGAAAAUGAAAUAACUUAAAGCAGCAUGGGAUAACGGUGGCAUUUUUUUUAACCUUAUGUUGGUUCUUUGGUGGAAGAAGCGAACGUAAGAUUUUUGAUAAUCAGCAUAAAUCUUCAGAAAUCAGAUCUGUAAGAGCUAGAGGUGAAAUCCUGGAGGCCUUCCAGGCCCUGCACCGGAGGGGGCGUGAGGAAUCCUGCCGCUGGCUGGCAAGGGAGGGGUGGACGGCCCUGUGCUCCCGGCAGGCCAGGCAGAAGCAGCUGGAGGGAGUGAGUCACUUCUUGAAUAUCUAAUCGGGGCUGGAAUUAGGAGUGGGAUGGGUUUUAUUUUCAUUUUUCUUUUAACAAGUUCCCACCCUAUCCUAAUUCUCAGAAAUUCUCUGGCCUAAGCUAUAAAAUAGGCUGACUUUUAGAAUCAUUGAAACUUGGAGAUUUCUGUGUGUUCAAAUCAGGAACACAUCUAAAAACUAAAAAAAAAAAAGGCAGGGGGAAGGCUGCUUCCAGCUCCCAGCUGCCAUUUCCCCAGAGUAUUUGGAGGCACGCCUGUGAAUAACGCUGGGAAACUCACAACAUCGAGAUGAUCGCGGAAAGGACUCAGACAGGGCGGCUGUUGGACACCUUUCUUUCCUGACUCAGGAAGUAGAGUUUCCCUUCUGAGUAGCUCACUGCAUGGUGUGUUCCAGUCAGGGUCCAGCCCAGAUCUGCAGUUUGGAAACAGAUGGGCCAGCUGUGUGGAGCGCAGUCUCUGGACUCCUGGGGAUUUGUUGCUUGUCUCUCAUUUCAUUUUAAAACAGAAAGCUCUUCUUUAGCAUUCACCUUAAAGUCAAGGUACCGCCGCAUGCCAUGUCCCACUAGGAUAAGAGAACAAGUUACCGUGGCGUCUUGACAGCUUGGGAAGCUCACACUUGAUGUCCUUCUACAUUGGGAAGUUGCUUGUGCUGGGCAGUGCAAAUUAGACUUGAAUUACUUCUUAAAAGGCUGAUGUGUCCAGCCCCCUCAUUGUCCGAGCUGCUGCAGACAAGAUCACUUGGAACAACUUCCUUUGGCCUCGGGCCACCUAGAAUUGGUCUCUGGUUAUUUGUAAACAAACAGUAGAACUCGCUUCCCUUUCCAGAUAGGCUCGGGAAUAGAUAUAAUUAGCUUUGCCCUAUAUUGACAAAUACGAAGAGUUGGGAAUUUGUAUAUACUGAAAUCUACCGACAUUUAUCCGGGGUGGGGUACAGGGAGAAAGGGGGUUACAGUAGGGUAGGGGAGGGGGUGUAGUGUUUACCACAGGUACGAAGUAGCCACUUUAACACUGAGACCUCUGCCUCAUUGAAUUCAGGUUUUUUAAGUACUUGAAACUCCUCAGAUUCUCCUUAUUUUACAGUUAUUUUAAGAUUUAUGAAGUAGAAAGCAUUGUUUUGUAUACUGUUUUGUCUCUUACCCUCUUGAACUUGGAUUAAAGGCGAAGUUCUGCAGACGGAAGUGUCCACAGUAGUUCUCUCAGAUUCAGUGCACACCUUCGGGGAAGAGACUCCUGCAUGAAAUACCAGCAGCAUUUAUACGAGUACUUCAUAUGUAUGUUCUCUGUUUUGUUAUUUUGUCAACCUUAUCCCCAAGCACCUCUUCUUUCCUUUUAAUAUAUGCCUGCGUAGGGAAAAAAACAAAAAUUUGCACUUAUGUUACUCUCCUGAAAUGCUGGGUGUAGCCUGUGUGUUUCAAACCCAUUUCCGUUCUUUUCAGUCCAUUGCUUAAGUGACAAGUUCAGGUUCGUGUGGCACAUAUGUACGAAGGAGGAAGAGAAUUACCUGUCCUUUGGUGGCGUCCCAGAGUCAUUAAUGUUUAAGAAAAAGGGAAAAGAUGAAUAGUUACCAAAGUCAUUUAUUCAGUCCUUCGUUUUCUUAUGUGACAUCACUGCACCUGCUAGUUGGCAAGAAAGCACCCUCGGGUUUCCCUUCCCCACCUGCCACAGACUUAUGUGUGUGAAUGCCUCUCGGUAUCCAUCAGAUGACCUAAACGAGGGAUUCAAACGGUAUUCUUGUCAGUUUAGAAGUGGACUGGAUAAAAUUUACUUUUACUUUGUUGUCACUAAUAUUGCUCUUUAUCUCAUUUGUGCUGUCACAUGCCCUGUGUUAAAAAAAAAAAAAAAGAAAAUCAUGUUGCCACUGAUAACCAAGAUGCUAAUUGAUGACUACAACUGGUUCUUUUUAUAUACAAGGGUGUGUGCAUAAUUGGAAUUGAUAGGAGAAAUUCAUUUGUAUCCACUUGUGAUAUUGCACAACAAAACACAGAUACCUACAGAUUCUGCUCUCAUUUCCUCGUGAUCUUUAUGAUAAUUACCUUUGUAGAUUGGUUAUUUCUGUACUUUAUCUGUAAUAAACUUUGUAGAUCCUGUGAACUGUUAUUUUUUGCCUAAAUCCCUUGAGACUUGAGUCUUUAAUAACAAAGCAUCAAUAUUCACUAAGUCAAUCUCUUUUGAGUUUCUGUGACUUGGCUAGAAGCUCUUGACACUAAAGAUUAGUGUUCAUUUUCCCUGGGGGUAUUCCACUAGGGCAUUACUGUAUAAUGACUUGAUGUUGCCACAUAGACUUCAAGAUAUAUGAUAUUUUGGGGAUUUUGUUGAUUGGCCUAUGUUUUAUUGCAUAGUGUGAAAUGUGUAAAGCUUGGUUAACCUGUAUAUAGAUAGCUUAUUGUUGACUAGUUACGGUGUAUUAGCAUUGCCUGUAAUAUUUAAGCUUCUUACUACUGUGUGUGCUGGUAGGAACAUAUAAUUUUUGUACAUUAUAUUUACUGAGAUGCUGCCUUUCUUAUUUUACAAAUACUUUGGAAUUCAAAUGUGUUUUUUGCUUCCGUGAGGAUUAAUUUGGAAAGGUUUUUAAUGACAUUCCACUGAUUUCAGAUUUUGCUUGAGGUUGACUUCAAUAAAUUGUCCCGUAUGUUGCAAAUUAAA